GCAACAAAUCUUUUGCUCAAUUUUAUAAUCUGAAAAUGCACAUUUAUAACCACACAGGCAAAAAGCCAUAUAAAUGUGAAAUUUGUGGCAAAUCUUUUGCUCAAUUAAAUAAUCUGAAAAUGCACAUUUAUAACCACACAGGCGAAAAGCCAUAUAAAUGUGAAAUUUGCGGCAAAUCUUUCGGUAACUUAUCUAUUUUAAAAAGGCAUGGUACUGUUCACACAGGCGAAAAGCCAUAUAAAUGUGAUAUCUGCAACAAAUAUUUUGCUCAAUUAAAUAAUCUCAAAAUGCACAUCUAUAACCACACAGGCGAAAAGCCAUAUAAAUGUGAAAUUUGCGGCAAAUCUUUCGGUGACGCAUCUGUUUUAAAAAGGCAUAUUGUCGUUCACACCAGUAAAAAGCCAUAUGAAUGUGAAACCUGCAACAAAUCUUUUGCUCAAUUAAUUCAUCUGAAAAUGCACAUUCGUAACCACACAGGCGAAAAGCCACAUAAAUGUAAAAUCUGUAGCAAAUCAUUUGUUCGAUCGAGUUCUCUAAAAAGGCACUUACAGACCCAUGCAGUCGAAAAACCACAUAAAUGUGAAAUCUGCGACAAAUCUUAUACUCAAUUUAGUCGGUUGAAAAUGCAUACUCGUAUCCAUACAGGCGAAAAGCCAUAUAAAUGUGAAAUUUGCAACCAAUCUUUUUAUCAAUCAACUCAUCUAAAAACACACACUCUUAUCCAUACAGGCGAGAAACCAUAUAAAUGUGAAAUUUGCGACCAAUCUUUUUAUCAAUCAACUCAUCUAAAAACACACACUCGUAUCCAUACAGGCGAAAAACCACAUAAAUGUAAAAUUUGCGACAAAUCUUUUCUUCAAUCAACUCAUUUAAAAAUACACAUUCGUACCCAUACAGGCGAAAAACCACAUAAAUGUAAAAUCUGCGACAAAUCUUAUACUCAAUUAAGUAGUCUAUAUAAGCACAUACAUAACCAUUCAGGAAAAAAACCAUAUAAAUGUGAAAUCUGUGGCAAAUCUUUUGUCAGAAUAAGUGAUCUAAAAGUACAUUCUCGCAAUCAUGAUACCGAAAAACCACAUAAAUGUAACGUCUGCGGAAAAUCUUUCAUUAGUAAUUUUCUUUUGCAAAGGCAUAAUCGUGUACAUACAGGCGAGCGACCCUUUAAAUGCAACGACUGUGGUAAGUCUUGUUCUACCAAACAUCAGUUAAUAAUCCACAUUCGUGUUCAUACAGGUGAUAAGCCAUACAAAUGUAAAAUCUGCGGCAAAUCGUAUUCUCGAAUAGUUAAUCUAAAAAUGCAUACUCGUAUUCAUACAAACUGAUAAAUCUGAUAUACUUAUUUAAGAUUUUGGAAUCAACUUAAUGGAUGUAAUUAACGAUGAAUAUUCCGCUUUCUCAUCAUAUUUAUUAAAUGAUCUGCAUUGAAAGUGUA